ACGACACCGUCCUCGUCCUCGCGCCCACGUUUGCGGGCGGUGAUCUCCUCCAGGGCCCGGUGCUACCGGAUCAUCUCCUCGCGCAGGUAGUCGUCGCGCGACCACCGCAUGGCGUCCUCGUCGGAGAAGCCGCGCCGGGCUAUCUCCUCGUACUCCUGGGGGAGGCUGGACUCCACCUUGGGCUCGACGAGGGCGCCGGAGCUGCGGGUGCGCGCGCUGACAGGCGUGUCCUGGGGCUCCGGCUUGACGGGGCGGAGGUGGAGGCAGGGAGAGCCGCCGGAGUUGCGGGUACGCGCGCUGACAGGCGUGUCCUGGGGCUCCGGCUUGACGGGGCGGAGGUGGAGGCAGGGAGAGCCGCCGGACGAGGAGGAGGACACCCCGGUCUCCAUGCGCCUCGGCGUCUAGGAGAUUCCCCAGUGGCGGCGUGAGGAGCACGGGGGAGCGGGGUACUCGAGGCGCGGCGUGUUGCCGCCCUCGAUGUACUCGAGGACGGACUCCAACGUGCGCCCGGGCACGCCCCACCACCGACGCCGGCCGGCGGCGUUGAACCUGCCGGAGGGCACGACGCUGUUGGUGGCCUCGAGUUGCUCGCUGUGCCGGCGGCGGAAGUAUGGCUCCCAGAUUGGGCUGUCGGGGACGUACCGGGGCCCCUCCCUCGCCGCAAGCGGUAGGGACGAGCGGAUGCGUGCGAUCUCCGCACGCCGCGCCGCGCCGGUGGGUACCGGGGGCACCGGCACGCCGCCGGCGCUGAUCCUCCACGCCCCGGGCACCCGCAUGUCCGGCGGGACCGGGUACUCGGCCUUAAAAAGGAGGCGAGCCUCGUCCUCGUGCAGAUGACGACGCCCGAAUCCGUUCGCCGCCGCGCCGUCGCCUGGGAAACGCUCGGCCAUGCUUUCUCAACUGGUGACGGCGAGAGGAGGAAAGGGGGAGAAAUGAGCGCGUCAUCGAUGGAUGAUCGGGGUGAGUCUCUCCGGCGCGCUUGCAGUCGGCUUUUAUAGACGGAGACGCCGCGUGGUAGGCUUGGCCGGCGCGUUACGCGUGGCGUGAUUGCGUGGCGGCCGAGGGACGCGUCGCCCAGCCUUCACUGCGCCGCCCGUGAGGCACCAAUGGAGGCUGACCGACGCGGCAGUGCGGGGCAGCUUUAGCAUUGAUUCGCCACGGGAAACGAGGCGAUGAGGACGACGAAGGUGCGAGAAGAGAGUAGAGUCGCUGACGCGGCGGGCACGCGGCUUUUCGCGCCAAAAACGAUUCGCCCGGCGCCCCCGAGCGACCCCAGCGCACCGGGUUCGGAUUGGGUCUGCCGGCGCCAAUUUCGACCCGAGCCGGCGGAAACUGGACUCUUGGCGACGUGACUGGAUCGAUUUUUUGACGCUGACGGACAAAAACACGCCUGAGGGGUUUUGUUGGGGGCGCGGCUGGAGAUGCCCUUAGUUAUUUGGCUAUCCAAAACCAUCAACUUGUUCCAGACGAUCAGCAACAUCUACUAAAUCCUAGUUUCCCGUGCCUACGUGGCAAACAGAAUAUUCAAAGUCGAGACCUUCUAGCCUCUCUGACCAACUGCGAUGCUGGUGUCUAGUGGCAACCAUGAAAGCGAUAUAAGAAGUUUCCAAGAUGAAUAUCCAUCCGCGUUUCCAAUCAGAGGCGUGGCGUAGAAUUGUGACCAAUUUACCUGAAUUUUAUUUCUUUUACAAUCUUCUUAUAGCAAACGAUCAUGCCACGAGGCUUUGACGUAGGAAGCUAGUAUUUGCAUGUACCACACGUAGGGGCAAUCAGAGCUGCAGGCAUGCUGACUAUUCUUGGCGGGGAAAAUUAUGCGAUGGUUGGAUGUGACAGGUCUCGCAGUAGACCAACUGCAACGAUCAAUUCCCGAUUGUGUGCGGGAAUAUGAUGAAUGCAAAUGCAACCCCGUCUAGAAGCCGAGAGACUAGUACUAUCCGACAUGGACGUGUACUCGUACGUGUCAAUUAAUGGAGGGAAGAAGAAUUAAGUCGAGAGAAACUCCAUACUGGGUGUGCGCCCGAGCGCACAAAACACGCCGGACUGGUGUGGCAUUUCACAUGUGUUCCGUGCUGUGUUGGACUUGGACCUUCCCAUAUGGUUUGCAGGAUUGUCCCACAGCUCCCAGAAGGUCAAAAUUAACCACAAGGAUGUUACUCACUCUUUACCCUUCUUUGGGUUUUUUGAGGGGGUUUUACCCUUUUUUGAGGGGGUUUUAGCCCCAGAGCGUGCGAAUUGGGUGGUGCGCGGCGGCACUCGUCCCGUGCUGCCCAAGGCACGUGGGCCCGUGCCUGGCCCAAAGAGGCCAAACCCGGCGGCGCCUACGAGGCUUCCAAACUAGACUUCCAUCGUCCUGGGCGGCGCCUAGUCUGGUCGGCCCACCUGCGCAGCGGCCUGCGCGGACGUGGACGUGCGCGGCCGGGUGCCAUAUGUCGGGCCCCAUCGCAUGCGAGCCAUCUUGAUGACCCUACCCCUGGCCUAGCCUAGCCGGCCGUGCACGGCGACGUGAGACGAUCGCGACGCCUCGAGAAUGACUGCCACGGUACCACCAUCGCACGCUACCCUCCCCUCUGCUCAACUAGUGCGUCAAAAGGGUCUCCGUGCCAUGGAUUUACCGCUGCCGUGGGAGCUUUUUCCGCGCUCAUGGUUAUGGACGGGAUGGAAAAUGGGAUCCUAGUGCAACCGUGCGCGAGUCUGCUCCAUACGUGAUUAUCAAUGAACCUUCUAACUCGUGUGCAUGCGGAAUACUUUUACUUGUUUGUAUCAAUGAACCUCCUAUCUCAUGUGUGGAAUACUACUUUUACUUGUUUGCGCAUGGCAUGACACAGACUUUUGCACGAGAGUCCGCUCCCAUUCUUCAUAUGUGUGGAAUACUAAUUUUUUUUAACUCAUCCUAAGGAUUUCAAUCAUGAAUAAAUCUUAUAAAAUUCCUUUCAAUCAAAGAAGCCCUUAAUACCUUCGUCUCGGUCCAAAAUAUGCGAUGACUUAAUAAACCGGUAGUAGUUUGUUUAUGUACUAUCUUUUCUUUAUAAUAUAGGUAGACAAAAAUGUCAAUGUAAAUGGGCUACUCUAAUGGGAGUGCCUGGCGCAUGGAUGGUUCGUUAGUCCGGCAGCCCAGCCAUGGCGUUGUUUAACGGAGUUGAGUCGAUCUAACUAAUCUGGGAUGGAUACCAAUGGAUCCGUAUCCCAUUCACGUGGCUGCCUGUCUUGUAUUUCUCCAUCUCAAAUGGUCAACUUUAGACACCUAGACACGGGAAAAAUAUUCCAUAAACCCCUUUUCGGUCACUGUCUGGCCUUCAUACACAAGAAAUCUCAUCUCCACUAAGUUGAUGAGAACACGCAUAAAUGAUCACUGUGCCAAAACUCGUUUGGUCAAAGGCAUGCACCCUCAAAAUACCUACUCGUGAAGAGUGAAAUUCCUUGGUAGUCAAAGGCAUGCAACCCUCAAAAUACUCGAAAUUCCUUGAUUAUCUGGAAGAGAUAUACUACAAGAAUUGAUCCAGUCAGGUUGGGCAUAAAAGUGGGCAAAUACAAAGGAAAAAAGGAAAGAGCAACUUUGUCCUCUCCUGCGAGCUCCUAAGAACCAGUACUCUGCCUACUCUACUUUCCAAGGACAGAUCACAUCCAAUUAUAAAAUAGAAUACUUUUCUUUGUCCUAGUCAAAUCCACUGUGCGAGCGAUAUGGCGUGGUCACUUCUUCAUACAUCGUCGGUCAUCCAUCAAUCCAUCCAUGAACCGCGACGAGAGAGCUCUGAAUUUGUGGACAAUGCUCCUAGUUGGACCUCUUUUCCAGUUUUUGCCAUGCUCUGCGCACGGCAUAGCUCCUUCCUUUUUUAUCAGCUGAGAAACUUUAUGCUUUCGUGAGAAGGCCUAAAAUGUUUUGACCAGUUAUUAGUUCCCUCCCUCUGUGCCUGGCUCUGGUGGAUAGAUAGAUAGAUACAUCCCAACAUCUGCAAAUUACGACACUGAAUUUAGAAGCUUGGAGACGAAUAGGAACAUGCGGGUAGAGCCAAGACCGGUGCAGGAGCAGCGUAGUUUAGUGCAACGUAGCUUGUGGGUUCCCCGCAAAAAAAAACAAAAAAAAACGUAGCUUGUGGGUUUGGUCACUGGAUUGGACGAUGGCGCAAGCGCUACCGUCACGCAUGGGUUUCUUUCUAGAAUUCUUUACAGAGUCCGUCCGUCCGUCCGUCCGAUGACUGGUCGCCAUGUUUACCGAAGCACAUGCCGUGGUUUACGGGGACUUUUGAGUCGAGGGUUUGAUGUCAACUCUUACAUAUUGCGCGGAGGUUGAAAGCCGGCCUUGCCAAGAUUUAUGGCCUCCAUCUCCAUGCUCUGCUCCUGAAGCAAGCAGAGCAGAGCUAUCCUCUGUCAAGAUUCUUCCGGGCUAAAAUAUGAUUGCGUCCAACAAUUAGGUUAUUUAUUAUGAAGGCACUUGUUCAUCUAAUGUAGUAUUCCAUUGCGAGCGUUGACUUGAUUCGAAACUAAACUCUGAAAAAAAUGCAGCAGCCUUGGCGUAGCGAAAAGUCAUCAAGUCAGAGAUGCUAGUAUUUCGUGAUUGCCGUGCAAGUAAUGCAAAUGAAAUGACUUUUCUUUCGCUCUUGGUUUACGUGGGCUUAAUAUACUCCUACCGGACACGAAUAUUAAAUCUUAAAUCUCACCCAAAAAAUGAAGGCCGAGGGGACUCCAACAGAAACCGAAGCUUCGCCCAGCACACGGUUGCAAACUGUUCGCCUGUAAUUGGGAGGGAGAGGGAUCCAUGGGUCGCCGGCACAGCAUGGAUGACCGAAGAAAUGAAGAAGCGUCAUCGAUGAUCGAGCCAUCUGCAAUCCAUUUGGCGUGUCUGGAAGCUUCGCCAUCUCCGCCAGAAAGAAAGAAAGCCGGCACCCCAAAGUACCAACCCGGCGAAAAUGACAAGCUUGUUUAGCGAGUCGCCGUCACCGUCUCCCCACUUUCGGAGCCCGUUUCUAUCCACCAUUUCUUGACCAGCUAUAAGCUACCGGCUGCGCUACUCCGAGUCUGUCUACGUAUGACACCUUUGUUUCUGCACUAAUUAAACCACAUUAUUAAGUUAUAAGCCGCCUAUAAAUAAACAAAAUUAACAGCUCAAAUAGUUGGCUUCAUUCCCUUGUCUUCUGUCUUCUCCAUCGUCUCCAAUUCAAAUCCUAAUCAAAUUUCUACUUGCCUUUGAUGACUUGACUAACUAAUACCGAUUACUUGUCAGACUUUAUUUCUAGACUUGAAUCCCUUGCUUGUAAGAUAGACUAUUUGAGUCAUGAGACAUGAAGAGGAGCAGCCCCGAAACCCAAAGCCUACAGGUCUCUCCCUCGCUCGCUCAUCCAAACGGUGCUUUUGUCCUCACCAACUCCCCUCUCCCAGAUUUUAAGCGCCAUUUCAAGCCCUCAGCAAGAUCGCGUAUCUUUUCUCUGCUUGCUUCCGCUUCGUCUCCGUCUCCCCCCUGAAAUAAAAAUUCCUCUGCAGCAGCAGCAGCAGCCCAUCUUUAAUGCAACACUCGCCAUGGUUACUCCCACGCAUCCACUUCAACCCAACCACUGCUCUGCUUCCUUCCUUCCUCCCCUGUUUCUGUUUGUUUCUUGAACCCAAACCCAGCUUGUGCCCCGUUCAAAAUCGGACUUUGCCGAGCGUCGCCAUGGGCGGGGAUUCGAGGUUCUCCCACUGACGCGGCUGGUCCGGCCGGUCAGCGACAGCGCGCGCCAUGGCCGAGGACCAUGGAUCGUCCCGGCACAUGUCGUCCAUGUCCAUGUCGCACAAGGAGCUGGGCGACGACGACGCGCGGGUGGUGCAUGUGGGCGACCCGGAGCGCACCAACGAGCGCCUCCAGUUCGCCGGGAACGCCGUGCGCACCGCCAAGUACUCGCCGCUCACCUUCCUGCCGCGGAACCUGUUCGAGCAGUUCCACCGCCUCGCGUACGUCUAUUUCCUCGUCAUCGCCGUGCUCAACCAGCUCCCCCAGCUCGCGGUCUUCGGCCGCGGGGCCUCCGUCAUGCCGCUCGCCUUCGUCCUCGCGGUGACCGCCGUCAAGGACGCGUACGAGGACUGGCGACGCCACCGCUCCGACCGCGCCGAGAAUAACCGCCUCGCCGCUGUCCUGUCCCCCGGCGCGGCCGCCCAAUUCGUCCCCACCGAGUGGAAGCACGUCCGCGUCGGCGACGUCGUGCGGGUCGGUGCCAACGAGUCGCCCCCGGCGGACAUGGUCCUCCUGGCCACCAGCGACACCACCGGCGUAGCCUACGUGCAGACGCUCAACCUUGACGGCGAGUCCAACCUAAAGACUCGCUACGCUAAGCAAGAGACGCUGACGACGCCGCUCGAGCAUCUCGCCGGCGCCGUCGUCAGGUGCGAGCGCCCGAACCGUAACAUUUACGGCUUCCAGGCCAACCUGGAGCUCCAGGGGGAGGGCCGCCGGAUACCGCUGGGCCCGUCCAACAUCGUGCUGCGCGGCUGCGACCUCAAGAACACGUCCUGGGCCGUGGGCGUGGUGGUCUACGCGGGGCGCGAGACCAAGGCGAUGCUGAACAACGCGGGCACGCCGACCAAGCGCAGCCGCCUGGAGACGCACAUGAACCGCGAGACGCUCUUCCUCUCCGGCAUCCUCAUCGCGCUCUGCUCGGCCGUGGCCACGCUCUCGGGCGUGUGGCUGCGCACCCACCAGACCGACCUGGAGCUCGCGCAGUUCUUCCAUAAGAAGGACUACCUCAAGGUCGGCAAGGAGGACAACGAGAACUACAACUACUACGGCAUCGCGGCGCAGAUCGUCUUCAACUUCCUCAUGGCGGUCAUCGUGUUCCAGAUCAUGAUACCCAUCUCGCUCUACAUCUCCAUGGAGCUGGUGAGGCUCGGUCAGGCCUACUUCAUGAUCCGGGACGCCAAGCUGUACGACGCGUCGUCCGACUCGAGGUUCCAGUGCAGGGCUCUCAACAUCAACGAGGACCUGGGGCAGGUCAAGUGCGUCUUCUCCGAUAAGACCGGCACGCUGACGCAGAACAAGAUGGAGUUCCGGUGCGCGAGCAUCGACGGCGUCGAUUACAGCGACGUCGCACGGCAGCGACCUGUCGAGGGCGAGCCGGCUUGGGCGCCAAAGGUGCCGGUGAAGGUCGACAGAGAGGUGAUGGAGCUGGUGAGGAACGGGGGUGCUACAGAGCAAGGGAUGAACGCCGGCGAGUUCUUUCUUGCCCUGGCAACGUGCAACACCAUUGUUCCUUUGAUCCUUGAUGAUGGCCCUGACCCAAAGAAGAAGGUGAUUGACUACCAAGGCGAGUCGCCGGACGAGCAGGCGUUGGUUUCUGCCGCCGCGGCCUAUGGCUUUGUGCUCGUGGAGCGAAGCUCCGGGCACAUUGUCAUUGACGUCCUUGGUCAGAAGCAGAGGUUUGACGUCCUUGGUCUUCAUGAGUUUGACAGCGACCGCAAGAGGAUGUCAGUUAUAAUUGGCUGCCCGGACAAGACUAUCAAGCUGUUUGUAAAAGGUGCAGAUAGUUCCAUGUUUGGAAUCAUCGACAAAACACUGAAUCCAGAUGUUGUCCAGGCAACUGAGAAACAUCUCCAUUCAUAUUCGUCAGUCGGCCUGCGAACCCUCGUCAUCGGCGUGCGGGAACUUAGCCAGUCAGAGUUUCAGGAGUGGCAAAUGGCUUACGAGAAGGCUAGCACUGCAUUAUUAGGCAGAGGCAAUCUCCUACGCAGUGUGGCCGCCAACAUUGAAAGGAACAUGCGCCUGCUGGGAGCCUCCGGUGUCGAAGACAAGCUGCAAGAUGGAGUUCCUGAAGCAAUUGAAAAACUAAGGGAAGCAGGGAUUAAGGUUUGGGUUCUGACAGGUGACAAACAAGAAACUGCCAUCUCCAUUGGCUAUUCCUGCAAGCUUUUGACAAGGGACAUGACACAGAUUGUGAUCAACAGUAAUUCAAGAGAGUCGUGCAGAAAAAGUUUGGAUGAUGCAAUCUCCAUGGUAAACAAACUCCGGUCACUGUCUACAGACUCCCAAUCUAGAGUUCCCCUCGCUUUGAUCAUUGACGGUAACAGUCUCGUCUACAUUUUUGACACAGAACGGGAGGAGAAGCUUUUUGAAGUCGCGAUAGCAUGCGAUGUUGUUCUAUGUUGUCGAGUGGCUCCUCUACAGAAGGCUGGGAUUGUUGAUUUAAUAAAGAAGCGAACAAGUGACAUGACUCUAGCUAUUGGAGAUGGUGCAAAUGAUGUAUCCAUGAUCCAAAUGGCCGAUGUUGGCAUUGGCAUCAGUGGUCAAGAAGGAAGGCAAGCUGUGAUGGCUUCAGAUUUUGCCAUGGGGCAAUUUAGAUUUUUGGUCCCACUGUUGUUAGUUCAUGGCCACUGGAACUACCAGAGAAUGAGCUACAUGAUCCUAUACAACUUUUACAGAAAUGCUACUUUUGUCUUUGUGCUUUUCUGGUAUGUACUUUACACUGGUUAUACCCUGUCAACAGCAAUAAAUGAGUGGAGCAGUGUGUUAUACUCUGUGGUCUAUACCUCUGCGCCGACUGUCAUUGUCGCCAUUCUCGACAAGGAUCUGAGUCGAAGGACAUUGCUGAAAUAUCCCCAACUCUACGGUGCGGGGCAGCGCGAGGAGAGUUACAACCUAAGACUGUUCAUUUUCAUCAUGGUGGACUCCGUUUGGCAGAGCCUCGCAGUUUUCUUCAUCCCUUACGCCGCAUACAAGAACAGCGCAAUCGACAGCGCUAGCCUGGGAGACCUGUGGACACUGUCUGUUGUCAUUCUUGUCAACAUUCACCUUGCCAUGGAUGUCAUCAGAUGGACUUGGAUCACUCAUGCAGCAAUAUGGGGCAGUAUUGUGGCGACAUGGAUUUGCGUCAUCAUCAUAGACUCCAUACCCACCUUGCCCGGUUUCUGGGCAAUCUACGAGGUGAUGGGAACUGCAUUGUUCUGGGCGUUGCUUCUUGCGGUGAUUGUGGUUGGAAUGAUCCCUCAUUUUGCCGCAAAGGCCAUCAGGGAACAUUUCAUGCCCAAUGACAUCCAGAUUGCGAGAGAGAUGGAGAAGUCGCAAGAUUCUCGUGAUGCUAAUCAUCCAGAAGUCCAGAUGAGUACAUCCACUCGAGCUUAGGAGUAGGGGAUCUUUGUUCAUUCGCGUAGGCUAGAGUUACACCUUUCUCUUUCUGAAGAAAUUACACCUUUUCCUUGGUUCUUUUUGUUGUGUGUAUAUAAAGCAAUUCUUUCGGCAGUGAGCAUGCUUCUUGUUGCUUGCUACCCUGUCAACUAUCCAAAGGAUAGAUUUCUUGUAGCCAUGCUGUGCAUCCGCCUGCAUUUUUUGUUGUUAAUUUAUAUGAAAAGAAUCGUACAGGAGUUAACUGUACAUAUUCAGGGACUGAUUUAUUUUA